AUGGAGACUGCAGAGCCCGUCUCUUACGAGUUUCCCGGCCAUGCCGUGGGUGCGUUUGCACACAGACGCCCGAUGGACUCGACCCUGAGUCAAAAUUUCCCCUUCUAUUCGCCUCAAACAGCACCGUACUCGUUGCCCUACCAGACCCCAAGUAGCUUGCCUUACAGCUUCGGUCACUCCGUGGGUCACACACAUGCACACUCGAAUCCCUAUCAGCAAUACUUUAUCCCUAGUCAACACCCGAUACAGCCGCAACCACUGCGCCUCACAACCGAACCACCGUUGCAGUCUCUUCCAGAGAUUCGCCCGGCGAAGAACGCCAUCAGCCAGACAGUCAAGUCUACUCCCGAUCAUGGUCCACGGCCGCAGCUUUCAACUGGAGGCCACAAUUCACCAGUCGGGUCAAACGAGACGAAGCAAACCCCCGCUGACAUCGCCUUCUCAACCAAUGUGGAUGUCCUCAUGAAGGCAAUCCAGGCCAAGCAUGCUUCGUCACCAACCCAACAAUCGCUGCCACCACUUCAACAUCUGGCAGCACCGAUACCACAGGCCUAUCCCGUAUCUUACCCGACUGCCUCGCCCACACCACCGCGCUGCUAUCAUGCCAACGAAGGCCAACUAUCGCGCUCAGGCAAGAAGCGCAAGUACAACUGCAACCUCCCCGGCUGCGGCAAAAGCUUCGCACAGAAAACACACCUGGACAUUCACAUCAGGGCGCACACAGGCGAUAAGCCAUUUAUAUGCAAGGAGCCCUCCUGUGGGCAACGCUUCUCGCAGCAAGGCAACCUCAAGACCCAUCAGCGGCGACACACGGGCGAAAAGCCCUUCCAAUGUGAAAUCUGCCAUAAGCGAUUUGCUCAGCGAGGCAACGUCCGCGCUCACAAGCUCACCCAUGAUCAAUCUAAACGGUUUGACUGCCGUCUAGAUGAAUGUGGUAAGCAGUUUACCCAGUUAGGCAACCUCAAGUCCCACCAAAACAAAUUCCACGCAGCCACACUCCACAAUCUAACCGUCCGCUUUUCACAAAUGGGCGAGAACGGAGCGAUGAACAUGAACGCGGCAGACCGCGAGCUAUGGUUAUAUUUCGCCGGGCUAUACAAAAACAGCAACAAGGGCAUCAAGGGCCGUGGCAAGGACCGACGGAUCUCGACGACGAAACGGUCUGAUGCACAGGAUAGCUGUGACUCCAUGGAUCGAACACAGUCUGUUGAGUCUGAAGAGGGCGCGUCGAAGAUGCAGAUGCAGAUGCGCCGCGGGAGCUUUGAGGAUGGCUUCUCCGUUUAUAAUGCUUCUAGCAGUGAUGGCGAUGAUGGGGAGCCUUAUUAUAUUGAUCGCAAGGCUCAUUUCCACGGACAUGGUCAUGGUCACAUUCAUGAUGGGCCUUGA